AUGAUACGAAGGGGAUGUCGUGUGGCUUUACGUCAGCAGCUAUUAACCUCUCGUCUCUCGUCUCUAGUGGCAUCUCAAACAAUUGUGGAUGAUUGCUCCUUAGAAGAUGAGAAGUGGGUACGUCUUAUGCGACAGACGAGUCAUUUGGAGUCUUCUGUGCUUCUACCACUGAACGAGAAACUAUUGGGACCAUUAGACCGCAAGCACCGAGAGGAAAAGCUGCCGUCGCUGCCUUUUGUAUUCUUAUUGGGCAAUCAUUCAUCCGGAAAGUCAUCGUUUAUUAAUUAUCUAUUGAAACGGGAUGUUCAGUCUACGGGCGUAGCACCUACAGAUGAUGGCUUUACCAUCAUUGCUCCAGGACACGAGGAUCUAGACCAAGACGGGCCGGCAUUGGUGGGCGACCCCGACCUAGGAUUCUCUGGCCUACGGGUCUAUGGUCCGGCCCUUAUCCAGCGCACUCAGCUUAAGGUCCGUAAGGGUAUUCAAGCCAAAUAUAUGCUCGUCGACAGUCCUGGUAUGAUCGAUUCGCCACAGAGUCCGUCGCACUUGUCGCAGUUUAACAACAGAGCAACCAAUGGACAGCUGUCAUUGCAACACCCUCAGAAUAGCAUGAACUAUAAGGGACAGGACUCGGAUAGAGGAUACGAGUUUUCAAAGGUCGUGCGCUGGUACGCCGAACGUGCUGAUGUGAUUUUGCUAUUCUUUGACCCGGACAAACCAGGUACUACGGGCGAGACGCUGUCCAUCUUAACGCGGUCGCUGGCCGGAAUGGACCAUAAACUGCACCUCGUACUGAAUAAGGUGGAUCAGUUUUGCAAAAUUCACGACUUUGCUCGCGCCUAUGGCUCUCUUUGCUGGAAUUUAAGCAAGGUCAUCCCGCUGAAGGACCUGCCGCGUAUAUACACCAUGUGCAUCCCUACCAAGGACAAUCAGCAGCAGACAGCAGAGGGAUUGGGUGCAUCCAUGAGAGACUUGGACGCUAUGCGAGAGGAAGUGGUGAGCGAGGUGCAGCGCGCUCCAGAGCGCCGGGUGGACAACCUUAUCACGAAUCUAUACGACUCGUCGCGGCUACUGAAAAUGCAUGCUGAGGUCUUUGGUGACCUCCGUACUCGGCAUGCUAGUGAGAAAUGGCGGCGUUCAGCUCUCGUGGUGGCUACGUUUGUGGGAGGAAAUGCGUUGGCGGCUUCAGCGCUAGCAGGUGGCGUUGCCGUUGAAGCUGUGGCGGGACUAUCCGUUGCAAGUGUGCUAGCAUCUGUCGGUGUCGUAUGGCACAACUCGACAGUGAUGGCACAGCUUGAGCGCGAUCUGCUGCAUGAGGAUUCGCUAAGCGAGUUAUUCCGUCGUCGGUACGGCCGUCAGUUGGCAGAGGAAGAUGAGUAUGUGCUGUCAUUGUGGAAGCGCGUGUUGCCUACACUGCAGGUUGCAAUGCAAACACUGGGCUUUAGCAAGUUACCUAAGCUGAAAAACUCUGAAAUUGCAGCAAUCGAUAACAUUGUGAGAAACGAAAUCCCGGAUCUGCGUCGGCAGUGUGCCCCUUCGGAUAGCAGUUUGGCCCACCAGAUUGCCAAGAUGUUCCGCAAUUGA